UGCAUGUGAUGAGAAUGAAAAAGAAGCUGGCACGCGUCCCGAGGACGAGGACACUUGGGGACAACAGGGGCUCUGGGGAACACACAGUAAAACCGCAGCUCGCUAGCCAUAGCUAUGUUAGCGCCUCUAGUAGCGCCUAGGCCAACUAGCAACAAGUCAACAUUGGGCUGGUACCUCGAUUUACCUCAGCCAGAGAAUGCCGUUCAAUGCACUUACGUGUGGAUCGACGGCACUGGGGAGGGAUUGCGAUGCAAGACACAGACCAGAAACAAAGAGCCCAAACGCCUCCAAGAUCUUCCCAUCUGGAACUUUGACGGAUCGAGCACUGGACAAGCGAGUGGCAACGACUCUGACGUCUACAUAAGGCCCGUGGCUAUAUUCAAGGACCCUUUCUUACGGGGACCCAACAAAUUGAUCAUGUGUGACACCCUCCGUUCCGACAUGAGCCCACAUGAAACCAAUCAUAGAGCGUCCUGUCUGGAAGCGAUGGAGAAGUGCAAGGACCAGAAGCCAUGGUUCGGAAUUGAACAGGAAUACACAUUGUUAGACAUCGAUGGGCGACCCUACAGGUGGCCUAAGAAUGGCUUCCCUGCCCCACAAGGGCCAUACUACUGCGCCGUUGGAGCUGACCGCAUUUAUGGACGCGAUGUGGUGGAGGCUCACUAUCGCGCUUCCUUAUACGCUGGCAUUCAAGUAUCUGGCACCAACGCAGAAGUGAUGCCGGCUCAGUGGGAAUUUCAGGUGGGUCCCUGCGAAGGCAUAUCUAUCGGCGAUGAAUUGUGGAUGGCGCGAUACAUCCUUCAUCGCGUGGCCGAAGACUAUGGCAUCGACGUCACUUUUGACCCAAAGCCCGUGGCGGGGGACUGGAAUGGAGCAGGAGCGCAUACAAACUUCAGCACUCAAGCGAUGCGCGAAUCGGGUGGAAUUAAAGAAAUCGAGACGGCAAUCGACAAAAUGUCGCUCCGUCACCGCGAGCACAUCGCAGCCUACGACCCAAAAGGUGGCAAAGACAACGCACGUCGACUUACGGGACUUCACGAGACGUCCAGCAUGACGGACUUCACGGCUGGCGUCGCCAAUCGAGGUGCCAGCGUUCGAAUCCCCCGUCAAGUGGCUCGUGACAAGUGCGGUUACUUAGAGGACCGACGGCCGGCAUCCAACUGCGACCCGUACGCUGUCGCCGAGAGGAUUGUGCGGACAGUCUGCCUCAACGAAUAACAACCCAGCCCAGUGUUGUCUUUGAGAGAACGAAAUUGUCAAAUACAGGAGGUCGUCGUAGGUACACGAUGAAAGCAUA